GCCCCGCUCGACGACAAAUCGGCGGGGGACGGCUGGGGUCCGGCCCCGGGAGGAGGUUGGAGAGGGGGCGGGGCGGGUUUAAGAGCGGCGGGGCCGGGCGCCGACGGCCGAGGCGGUGCGGGACGAGUCCCAGCUCUUCUGGGUCUUCCGUCUGCGUGUUGCAACCCCAGAAAACCAGCAGGAUGGCUGCAAACAAGAAUAAGAGCCAGAGCUCCUUGGCCCUUCACAAGGUGAUCAUGGUUGGCAGUGGCGGUGUGGGCAAAUCGGCCCUGACGCUUCAGUUCAUGUAUGAUGAGUUUGUAGAAGACUAUGAACCUACCAAAGCUGACAGUUACAGAAAGAAAGUGGUCCUUGAUGGUGAAGAAGUCCAGAUAGACAUUCUGGACACUGCUGGCCAGGAGGACUAUGCAGCCAUUCGAGACAACUACUUUCGGAGCGGGGAAGGCUUUCUCCUAGUGUUCUCGAUCACAGAACACGAGUCCUUUACAGCAACGGCCGAAUUCAGGGAACAGAUCCUCCGUGUUAAGGCUGAAGAAGAUAAAAUUCCACUGCUCGUGGUGGGGAACAAGUCUGACUUAGAGGAGCGGAGGCAGGUGCAGAUUGAGGAGGCCAGGAGUAAAGCUGAAGAGUGGGGCGUGCAGUACGUGGAGACGUCGGCUAAGACGCGCGCCAACGUGGACAAGGUGUUCUUUGACCUAAUGAGAGAAAUCAGAGCAAAGAAGAUGUCAGAAAACAAAGACAAGAAUGGCAAGAAGAGCAGCAAGAACAAGAAAAGUUUUAAAGAAAGAUGUUGCUUACUGUGAAUACCAAGAUGGCAGAUGAAGCAUCAGUCAGUUGCCACUAAGGACUGGGGCUGGGUUUGUAAGAGGAGACCGUGUUUGACGUCCUUGACUGUGCUCCCUGCUCUCCCCACCCUCACUCAUGUGUCCUUCUCUAAAUGGGGGAAAAGCUUGGGAAUCUGUGGCUGGCAGACAAAAUAAGCCCUUGUCCAUGUGGUAGAAUGGCUACUUUGUCAGGAGGUUUUGCAGUUCGCUUUUCCUUCCUCUGAGAACUUCAACCACAUAGGUAAUGCGACAGGUGGGAAAUAGUCUUAGAAGAAGAAGAAGUACUGUCAUAGCAUUGUAUUUUUUCCUGCUUUUGUAACAUUACCAUCUGUUUUGAAUCUGUCUUAUUUUAUUAGGUUUUGGAAAAGGGGGUGGGUAAGGCUCCCCUCUUCUCAGUUUUGCAGUAAUGUUCAGAAAAAUCCAUUCAGCUCUAAUGACAUUGAAAAAUUUGAAGAUUUAAAAGCCAAGUUUCUUGGCAAUACCCUGCGGCUCUAAAGCACAGCUGAAGAGAGGAAUUUGAAUUGAGUCAGGCAGGUCAGCACCAAGCUCCUAAGUCCUUCCGUAUGAACAAUGAAAAUGAAGAGCUCUUGCCUUUAUCUUUAAAAGCUGGCCACCUGUUGUCUGCUCGCCUCCCGUAGCAGCCUGAUUUUUGGUAGACACUUGUUUUUUAGUAGACGAAGUGAAGUUUCAAGAGUAGGAUACGUCAUCAACGUCACACAUUUCUGAUGCAGUUUUUUUGGUAAGUUUGGCUACACCCUCUACUAAUCGCCGGUCACGUUCUGCCAGGUCCCUCCUUCUCCACUAGAAACGAUCACAUUCGUGGGUGCCAAAAGGAAAGGGGAUGGGGAGAGCGGGAACCUUUCAAAUCUAUGAUGAUUACAGAGAUUGUAGAAAGUAUCUGUCUGGAAAGCCAUCUUGUAUCAGCCCCCCCCACCAAAGAAUCAUGGACUUUUUUGAAUAAAAAACGCAGACAAACAUACUUUUUAUGCCUUUUUAUUUUCUCCUUUGGUUAUGCAUGUGGAGUGCAAGUGUUAAAAGAAUUGACAAUAAGUUAUUCGUUAUUUUUCGUAUCGGGUGUUCAGUAACAGAAAAGCCUUAUUUCUAUUAAUGCUUUGAAUUGAGCUGUGGGAAAUAAAAUUAUAAGUAAAAACAGUAAUUUAACUUCAUCUUUCCUUUGGAAGAGCUGAUUGCCCUUUUUAUUUAAAAUUUAAAAAGCUGAAGGCAGUUAAACUCUUAAAUUUUCUGAAAAAAGCUUUUUUUUUUUCUUCUUCUUCCCAGUUUGCCUGUUGCUUGAUAUCAGUUCUGGUAAAGAGGAGAGAGUUUUAGAAUAUGCCAAGUAAUUAAAGAUGGUAUGGAUUGUUUCAUGCUACAAAAAUUUAUUCUUGGUAUAUGCUAUUAGCAUAUAUCUAAAAUUGUAUUUAACUGGAUAGCAAUUAGAAAUGCAUCUUCCUUUCAAAAUGCUUAAUACAUAUGAGGUUCUUUUAUAUAGAAAAAUAAGGAAGAAAUGCUAUUUAGAAAUUUGAAGCAUAAUUGCUUGCUAACUGAUUAGAUCUUGUGUCCAUAGCUUAGCAUUAUUUUUCUAAAAUAUUUAUUAAAAAAAUGUUUAAGUGCCUGCUUGGUACCAGGCUGUAUUCUAGGUGCUGGGAAUACGGUGUUGAACAAGACAGGCAAGAUAGUCACUCUCCCCAUACUUAGGCUUUUGUGAGGAAAGAGACAAAGAAAUGAAAAUAUCAGGGAAUUGCAAAUUUUAUGAAAAUAAUACUGAGUAAAAUGGUAGGGAACG